UAUCAUUGAAUCACGGAUCUGCAAAAUUUCAUACAGCAUCUUUCAUUCCGUAUCCUGCUAUACAAAGAAGAAAUACGGAAAUCAACCGUGUCGCAUUGUCUCUAUUUCUUGGGCAUUUGAUCAAUCACUUCAUACCGAAGAAAAAAAAACCCUCCCAUUUUGGCUUGGACUGCACCUUUACUCCCCGUGUCAGCAGCCCUUACUCUAAAGGAAUCCUUCAGCUCCUACAAAUGGCAACCUGCAAGGUCUGCGAUGAGCCGCUCCUCCUCGAGAUCGAAGACGAGGAAGGAGGUGGCGAAGUUCAGUCGGUCCCUGAUGAUCUCGAGCUCUCUUGUGGCUGCCACUUCCAUUGGCAGUGCCUCCUUGACCAGGCAUCUGAAGUUGGCGUGUCGUUGAAGUGCCCUUCUUGUCAGGCGCAGAUUGCCACAAAUCCUGCAGGGCCGUCAGUCACAAAUCCCUAUUUCUUCGCUGCCUCUGGAGCUCGCAUUCCGACAAGAUAUCACAAUGAAGGUGGGUUGCAAGAGGAUCUUGAUAUUCUUCCUGAGAUCACAGAGGAAGCCUACUUGGCGGGUAACCCCGAAGCAAGACCGGCACGCGCAUAUCAUGUCAUGUGCAGCGAAGGCGAUGUCAAUGGGAUUGUAGAGCUCCUACGAGACUUGAGUCAAGAUGCCGGUGACGAGCCGUCCAUGAACACAACCCAGCUUCUACGCUACCAGGAUCCUCUCAACGGUUCCAAGAGUGGUCUGCAUCUAGCCGUCGAGAGGGCGCAAGAUGAAGUCGUGUGGUUGUUGCUGUGGUUAGCAUCGCCGUUAUCGACUGAAUUCUUCCCUGCUGCUGCGGUACAGCAAGCGCAAAUCAUGGAUAUCCAACGACCUACAACAACUCGUGAUCAGGACAUCCGCUUGCUUCAGGAUCACAGCGGCCAGACAGCUGAGUCAGUUGCUGCCAGCAUGGACGGGAUUUGGACAAUCACCUUGCAGGCUAAAGUUCUUAAUCCGGGCACAUGAGACUUUUUCUGUUCCUGCCGCGAUGUUGAGCUGAUCCGGACUUAAUGUGAGGGUGUGCAGGCGAAGUCAAUAUAUUGGAAGAUUUUGUCAUGUGAACAAUCUUUACCCCG